GCGGGUUAUUUAACUGUAAACAUUGCCUGAGCUGGGGUAGCGCUUCAUUUAUAGCCACAAGAUUGAAGGAAGCCACAACGGCGAAUGGGAUUGGUGGUUUGAAGCGAUAAAGAAAUAACUGCUGCAAGAAUUGGCAAUACGCGGGUUGUUGGUGAGAAAAGGCGUGAACUGCAGGAAACGGUACAUCAUAGCCAAUGCAUCACUGAAAGGCAGGGGCUUGUAAUGUGGUCGGCGGCUGGGAAACCACGAUGAUUCGCGAAUGAACCAACAGAGAUCCUUCGCUUUUUCCACUUCAGGCGUAUGUGAUGGUCAAGCCUGGGGGUGUAAGGCGGUGCAUGCCAUACCCCUCCAUGAUGUUGGCUGGAUCUCACUUCAGGCAGCAGUAUUGGCUAACAGUGAGUCACGCGUAAUGUCUCAAGGCUGAAACAUCGGCUAGCAUUGCUUCUAACCAAUUAUUAUUUGGCAUGGCGCUAAAUCAUCAUCCAAAUGCCUAGUUGUCGCCCCCAUCUCUCUUACCUUGACAAGUUGGCAUUUCACCAACCGCUCAUUCAAGGGGCUAGUCUUCGAUGUGAGUGGUUCGGACAAGUGUUGCUCUGAUGAUGAAAGUACCCGCUGAGGAUUUUUCUUCCUGCAACUCCAGCGCAUUCUCCUCCUGCUACUAUCUAUGCCGACCAGCUCCGGUUGUUUCAAGCGCAGCGGUAAAAUAGGAUAUCCUCUUACCCCUCCCCUCGCCCUUCCAGUCAAUAUGGCCUCGCGUCAAGCAAAACGAAACACCAGAAUAGAGAGGCGGCAACGAUCGCUGCCAAAAGACGAAGGGAAACGGCCUCAAGGUAUCAACAAAGAACGGCCGCAUAUAGAUCCUCGUCAAAGCACACGCCUAGAAGGCAGUCGUUUAGAAGGAACAGUAUCUAAAGUUCUCUCCAGAACCAGCAACACUCUCAGCGAAGAGUUCAAACGAACUCCACCAGUCUCUCAAAGCACAGCAAGUCAUCAUCGAAAGCGGAAGCGGCCACGAAACCCCAGCCCGAAGCGUACACCUGAAGACGAGCGAAGUCGAAAACGUCAGCGAAGCUCGCCUGAAGGCCGCAGAAUUGAAGAACAUACCUGCGAUAUCAAGAACGGUGACGCCGAUCCAGUUAUUCGUUGGUUGCGAGGGAAGCCUUGGCCCAAGGAGUAUUUUGAGCAAGAAAAUAUAAUGAAUCCAUUACUCAAGAGGAAAACGUCAUCAUCUUCACUCAGCAAGAAAUCAGAGACAAGCGAUGGAUCUCUGAGGGAAGGCAAGAAUCCCGCUGUUAAAAGUCGGCUGUAUGAGAAGAGCCUUGCAGCGGCGGGUAUCUACAUGGGCGGCGGACCCGGGAUCACUGAUGCUUGUCGAGCUCUCUGCAAGGUUCUGCUUGAGGCAGAACAACCUCUCCCUCCUGAUUCUAUAUUUCGAGACGAUCGAUUCGAAAAGACCUGCGAGAGGCUUCGUAAUGAAAACGAGGCAAAGGUCAUACGGGAUAUGUCGCCGCUGCUUGUUCCUUCUGUGGAAGUCCUAUGUUCUUAUGGUGAAGAACAUUUGGAAUCUAUGGUAGAUCACGUCAACCAGAAGUGGUAUGGUUGUAUACCUAUUGUAGCAGGACCAGUACCUCAGCCUGACUACUGUGCUGGAUGCAAAGAAGCGAUCUUUACCAAGGGUCAACGUCGGAAACUGGAACCUUUCAUCAAAGGGUGGAAAAGGACACCUUUUCUGGCUACUGCCUGGAUGUACUUUCCGUUUUUUACGAUGGAGGUAAAAUGUGGGAACGAAGGGCUUAACAUUGCUGAUCGGCAAAAUGGUCAUAGCUCAGGAGUCGCUGUGAAACAAGUGGUCGAUCUGUACCGUGAGGUAUCACGACAGGACGAACUUAAUCGAAAAAUCCUCGCAUUUUCCAUUUCGCAUGACCAAGAGGCUGUAAGGGUCUACGGUCAUUACCCCGUCAUCGAUGAAGACCAGACCUCCAUCUAUCGCCAUACCAUCAAAAAGUUUGACAUCACCAGCGAGGAAGGUCGAGAUAAGUGGACGACUUAUACAUUCACAAGGAAUCUCUACGAUAUCUAUGCUCCAAUACACUUCGAGAGACUCCGUUCAGCCGCCGAACAACUGCCCUGCCCUCUAUCCGAUCAGCAUCAGUCUCAACAAUCAGAUCUCGGACUCAUAUCUCAGCAUGAGGAAGAAUGUCAGUUCGAUCUAGUGCUGUCGCAAGACCCACAGUGUAACCCCUCAUCUCAAACUUUCCAGCCAUCGUUCAAAAAGCCAAGAAGCGAGCAGGGGUUGCAAAGCCAAUGUCUCUCUCCCCAAUCAAGUUAUGCUGCAUCUCUACAAGAGGAAGCUGAGAGCCAGUCAAGCAGUGCUCCGUCGAGAGACAUCACUCCAGACACUUCACUACCUCAAGACAUCGAAAGUGGAUUAAAAAAGCCCCCAAAAAGGGGUAGGAUUGUGGAGUUACAUCAGUGAAUGCAAUCACAGGGUUGACUUUGAUACUAGACAACCAGUCUAAUCAAGCUAGCGUUUGCUCUUUGUGAGAAGAUGGGGAGUCCACAACAGGGUAGUAGAUUGACGGUAACAUGGUCAUUCUUUAAAAAAUCUGGGGCAGUUGAGUAUCUGGCACUUUUUACGAGAACGGACAAGAAUUGGAACGUAACCCUGCCCUGCUGGAGUGCUGGAGAGGCUUACGAAAGAUGGGAGAAUUCCUCAGGAAGGUUUACACCGUGAUGGGAAAGUAUUUACGUAGCACAAGGGAAUCAAUGGAAGAAGAACGCCCG